ACCAAUCUCGGAGGCAAACGACCAGACGCGCAAAGGGAAGGGAGGGGGAGCGCAACACUCGCGAGGGAGAGAGAGACAAGGGGGCGGACACACACACGCCGACCGCGCGAGCGAGCGAGAGAGAUCCCCCUCUCCCCCGCCGGAUCCGAUCUGACCUGACCUGACCUCGCCGCCGCCGCCUGCCGUGGGAGGGAGAAGAGGAGGAGGAGGCGGAGAUGGCUCCCGUGUCGGCGCUCGCCAAGUACAAGCUCGUGUUCCUUGGGGACCAGUCCGUCGGCAAGACCAGCAUCAUCACCCGCUUCAUGUACGACAAAUUCGACAACACCUACCAGGCUACAAUUGGUAUUGAUUUCCUGUCCAAGACAAUGUACCUUGAAGAUAGAACUGUGAGACUCCAACUCUGGGAUACUGCUGGACAGGAAAGAUUCAGGAGUUUAAUUCCAAGCUAUAUCAGAGACUCUUCAGUUGCUGUCAUUGUAUUCGAUGUUGCAAGCAGGCAGUCUUUCUUAAAUACAUCAAAAUGGAUAGAGGAAGUUCGCACUGAGAGGGGCAGUGAUGUUAUCAUUGUGCUUGUUGGGAACAAAACUGACCUUGUUGACAAGAGGCAAGUCUCAAUAGAGGAAGGGGAAGGCAAGGCAAAGGACCUUGGUGUGAUGUUUAUCGAAACCAGUGCUAAAGCUGGGUUUAACAUUAAGGCUCUGUUCCGUAAGAUUGCGGCUGCGCUUCCUGGGAUGGAGACUCUCUCAUCAGCGAAGCAGGAAGACAUGGUUGAUGUGAACUUGAGGUCCGGCAAUGCAAACUCGUCCCAGUCUCAGGCUCAGGCUGGGGGAUGCAGUUGUUAGUUGCGGUCCCUGACACCUGCUGCUUAUGAUCUCGAGACCCUGAGUGUUGGAACGCGUUAUCUCUGCUGUUUCUCUCAGGAAGGAGAGUUGAUUGUCUCUCACCAGUGAAUCUCACCAUAGUCUUUACCCGGUGAAUGGACCAUUUGCGUUGGAAUGAUACGUUUUGAGUUUCUAGUGUUAUUUUCUCAGUGGCCUAAGCUAGCAACAGUGUAUAGUUGGGUUGGCACUGCGAACUCCUACCAUUCGAGUUGGGUAUUAGAGCUAGUGAUUGGUUCAUGUUGAACUUAUAUAUAUUUUCCAUCUGUCUUGUUGCAGUUAGCUUGAGUCAUGUUUCCUAUGUGUACCAAACAUGUAUUGGAAUUUUUGUAAGCUAUAAUAAGCCCUGCAAGGCGAUAGCCAAGUGAUAUCCCAGAUAUUUCACCGUUGAAA